CCAACCGUCCAUUUCCCUCAAAUCAACGGCUCAAAUCCAUCCCAAAGAAAACCCCCAAAUCAUACACAAUCUUUCUUUCUUUCCCUCUCUCCUCUUCACUUUCCCAGUCUGUUCAAGCCUCUUCCAUACUAUAACACUCUGUUUUAUUGUAUUUCCUGCAAGAUUCUUGCAUUUUCCGGGAAAAAAUUUGAACUUUACUGCAAUUCAAUCGGUUCCAGAAACUGGGUUUUCAAGAAAACCACCACAGGGGCAUGCUUGGACAGUGAGAUUUGAAUUAGAAUGCCUGUGUCAACUAGGUCUCAGAUCACAAACCCAGAACUGAAUGAGCAAAAUCAAGACUCUAGAGCCAGAUUGAGGACAGAUCAAGAAGAGACUACCCACAUGGGUUUCCCUAUGAGAAACCCACACCAUGGCUUGAAAGAGAAAAUGAAGGCUCUGACCCUCUUGUAUGAGCAGCAAAAACGAGCCUCUGCAGCUCUCAAGAACCCCCCGCCGCAGCCGCCGAGGUCCGAGGAUCGCCGGCUUUCGACUCAUCCGAGUGUUGACCUUCUCGGUCCCGGCAAGAGAGGAGAGAGAAAAGAGGAAAUAGAAUCUAAACAGAACCAUGUGAUGAGAGAGAACACAAUUCCUAAUCACUCUACAGUCACAAGAACUUAUGUUUUGCCUCAGCCUCCAAUUGAUAAUGCCAAAGAGAACGAUGUGGUGGCGGCGGCGGGCUGUGGCGUCGAUCGGAUUGUUGGGUUUUCGUGCCCGAGAAAGGCGGCGGUUGUUUCGACAACAGUGGCGAGGAAGCUCUCAAUGGGGUCCAAGAAUGUGCAAGAAUUGGAGAAUGUUGAAGAGAAACAGAGCAAUUUGGAGAGACAGAGCACAAUUGGGAGUCGAAUUCUCGUGUUUGUGAGGCUUAGGCCAAUGGGGAAGAGGGAGAGAGAAGUUGGAUCAAGGUGUUGUGUGAGAAUUGUGAACAAGAGAGACCUUUAUCUGACUGAAUUCGCCACAGAGAACGAUUAUCUCCGGCUGAAAAGACUUCGCGGACGACAUUUCACCUUCGAUGCCUCGUUCCCGGACUCAACUUCUCAACAGGAGGUUUAUUCAACCACAACUGCAGAACUUGUGGAAGCGGUUUUACAGGGUAGGAAUGGAUCGGUAUUCUGCUAUGGUGCCACAGGAGCUGGAAAAACGUACACUAUGUUGGGUACGGUGGAGAAUCCAGGGGUGAUGGUUUUGGCAAUUAAGGAUCUUUUCAACAAGAUUAGGCAACGGAGCUGUGAUGGAAACCACGUAGUUCAUCUAUCCUAUCUUGAAGUCUACAAUGAAACUGUCAGAGAUUUGCUUUCUCCAGGAAGGCCACUAGUCCUUAGAGAAGAUAAACAGGGGAUUGUGGCAGCGGGUCUUACUCAAUACAGAGCUUAUUCCACGGAUGAAGUUAUGGCAUUGCUUCAACAUGGAAAUCAAAAUCGAACCACUGAACCAACUCGUGUCAAUGAAACUUCUUCACGUUCCCAUGCUAUUCUGCAGGUUGUGGUUGAAUACCGAGUUAAAGAUGCAUCAAAUAAUGUUGUCAACCGGGUGGGGAAGCUGUCGCUUAUUGAUCUUGCAGGCUCGGAGAGAGCUCUUGCUACUGAUCAGAGAACACUUAGAUCACUUGAGGGUGCUAACAUUAACCGAUCACUCCUUGCACUGAGCAGUUGCAUCAAUGCCCUUGUCGAGGGCAAGAAACACAUCCCUUACCGCAAUUCCAAGCUCACCCAACUGCUCAAGGACUCUCUAGGGGGAGCUUGUAACACAGUGAUGAUUGCCAAUAUCAGUCCAAGCAAUCUCUCAUUUGGUGAAACUCAAAACACCCUUCAUUGGGCUGACCGAGCCAAGGAGAUCCGGACCAAGACAUGUGAUGCGAAUGAGGAAAUCCAGCAAGUACCCGAAUCUGAAACAGAUCAGGCCAAGCUAUUGCUCGAGUUACAGAAAGAGAAUCGCGAAUUACGAGUUCAAUUGGCGCACCAGCAACAGAAGCUACUAACUUUCCAAGCACAAUCCUUGGCAGCAAAUGCCUCACCAGCCCCUUCUACACUCACCUCUCACCUUUCUCCUCCCCCUUCUUCCACCCAACCAAAUGAAAAGCGAAAAACCAGAACAACUUUCUUGGCCGGGACUUGUUUCACACCAGAAUCAAGGAAAAAGGGGGCGGAGGAGAGAGUUAAGGAGCUUCGUGGGACUGUGAAGGCAUUGGAGGCGGAAAUUGAGAGAAUGAGAAAGGAUCAUGCAUUGCAGAUAAAGAAGAAGGAUGAUUUGAUUCAUGAAAUUUCUCAAAAAGGGGCAAAACCAGCGACAGAAGUGAAGAGGGUUGUCACAAGGGCGAGCUUGCGGCCAAAGAAGCAAACUGAGGGCGAGUUGAAGAGUCCGAGUCAUCGGUUUCUAUCUCCAGCGCCAACAGCAAAGAAACGUAGUUUUUGGGACUUAACACCAGCUAAUAGCCCAUCAGUUGUCACAUUGGAUGGAAGGAAAACUAGAAGCCAUGUCAAUUAUGAACAUGCAGCAGCUCCUUCCAUGCUUCUUCAGCCAGGUUUUGCUCGUCAGAGGCCUGCCUGAACUUUUGAAGCUGUAAACGUGGCAAAAGAGGAAGAAAUUAAGGGAGAGAUAAAGUGACAAGCAAUUGAAGAGGGAAAGGAAAUUUCACUAAUUGGUACUUGUUCUUCCUUGCAACCUUCUCUCUGCUCGAGAUGGCUGUUUGGCAUGGAAGAUUGUAGGCUUGUAUUUCUAAUUAUGUUAUUAUUCUUUGAUGUGUUAAUUUCUGCAAGUAAGCUCACCAACGCAUAACCUAUGAGCUUAUCUAGCUAACAAUGCCUUGUUCCUAACUCUAUUGGAUUUGGGGUGAUUGGCAAACACAUUGAAAUUGAAAUGAUAUUGUUUCAUUUCUUUUCUUUUUUCCAACAACAUUUAUAUUGUUUAGCAGUUUUUUAACACUCGGAUGUGAAUUAAGAUUGAAUAAUUUUGAUAA